UCUUCAAAAUGUUCGGUCAGUUUUGGCGGGUUGAUGUUCAAUCCUAGAACCUGAGAUCUCCAAAGGAAAGGAUCGAUCAAGGGCAUCGCCGCUAGUAGGUUUGUUUAGCACGAGAUUUUUGAGAAACCCAGUAGUAGAGCACUACUAAGACGAUUUACGAGACUCGUCUUCUUGAUUCUGUUGCCUUUUGAAAUUUGAAUCGUCUAACAGCAUUUAACAUGGUAAUGGAUGUAAAUGACACUUCGUCCGAUCAAAUUAUUGCGGAGUUAAUUGAAAUGGGAUUUGAAUUUUCUGAUGUCAUGGAAGCCAUAAAAGUAGUGGGAGCAUCUUUGGAUGAUGCAAUCAAUUUUAUCUUGAAUGGUUCUGGGAGGAGAAAUAAUUCAUCCAACUCUAAUAGUUAUGAACAUGACGCAACCCACGAGAAGGCACAGGGGAAAAGGGCUUGUUCAUCUUCAUUUUCGGAUCAAAUGAGGCAAUCAACUAUUACGGAGCAUCAUAACAGAUUAACGCAUAGAUCAAAAAGAAGCAGAAAGGAAGUUGAAAGUGAAGUCUCAAUAUCUGGUUUAAAGGACGGACCAAAUGAAGCUCUUGAAUGCAUGACUACAGAUCUGGUAACUGAGAAGAUGUCCUUUCCAUAUAACUGCUCAAAUGAACUAGCAAAUCAAAAGAACUGGGAGCAGGAAGUCAACAGGCUGUUAAACAAGCACUUUGGUUAUUCAUCUCUGAAAAGUUUCCAAACUGAAGCACUUGCUGCUUGGGUUGCAAACAAAGACUGUCUUGUUCUAGCUGCAACAGGAUCUGGGAAAUCGUUAUGUUUUCAGAUUCCGGCAUUAUUAACAGGGAAGGUUGUAGUGGUCAUUUCACCUUUGAUAAGCUUGAUGCACGAUCAAUGCUUAAAACUAGCAAAGCAUGGGGUGUCUUCAUGCUUUCUUGGAUCUGGGCAGACAGACAAAAGCAUUGAACAGAAAGCUAUGAAGGGCAUGUACUCAAUUAUCUAUGUAUGUCCAGAGACAGUUCUCAGAUUGAUAAAACCACUCCAGAGCCUAGCAGAAGGCCGCGGAAUUGCGCUUUUUGCAAUUGAUGAAGUUCAUUGUAUUUCCAAAUGGGGUCAUGAUUUUCGACCGGCUUAUAGGAGGUUGGCUAUUUUGAGAGAGAACUUCAGUGCUGAUAACUUGAAAUUCUUAAAAUUUGAUGUCCCGUUGAUGGCAUUGACAGCCACUGCAACCAUUCGUGUUCGUGAAGAUAUUCUCAAAUCCUUGUGCAUGUCAAAUGAAUCGAAGACUGUGAUUACUUCAUUUUUUCGGCCCAAUCUGCUGUUUUCAGUUAGGCAUAGCAGGACUUCUUCAUCUUCAUAUGGAAAUGACUUCCGUGAAUUGAUAGACAUGUAUACCCAAAAAUCAAUCCCUGGCAAAAAGAGAGUCCUAUCAGAAAAUCUAGAUCACGGUCUUUAUGAAAAUUCAGUCAUUGUCGACAAAGAAUUGGAAAGUGAUGUAAAUGAAGAUGAAUACUCAAGUUCUGAUAGUGAAGAUGAAGCAUGUUUGAUGCGUGCAUCUGGAUCAACUGCUUCAACUGAGAAAAAAUUAACAGUUGAUUUUCUUGAAGAUGAAUAUGAUAUCUUUGACUGUGCAGAUGAUCUUGAUGUUCCCUGCAGUGAAUUUGUUGCACAACCACCUCUUCCAAAGUUAGAUUCCAGUGAAUUGUCAAGAAUGUUUGGUGUACGGAACAAAGAGGAGGAGGAUUUUGAAAAAUGUCAUAUUGGACCAACAAUUAUUUAUGUGCCCACCAGAAAGGAAACUGUAAUCAUUUCCAAGUUUCUUUGUAAAUCUGGUUUAAAGGCAGCUCCAUAUAAUGCAAAGUUAUCCAAGCAACACCUUAGACGAGUACAUGCGGAAUUUCAUGACAACACAUUGGAGGUUGUUGUAUCAACAAUAGCUUUUGGGAUGGGGAUUGACAAGUCGAAUGUACGAAGAAUCAUUCACUAUGGCUGGCCACAGAGCUUGGAAGCAUAUUACCAAGAAGCAGGCCGAGCCGGAAGGGAUGGAAAAUUAGCAGAUUGCAUUCUGUAUGCAAAUUUAUCAAGAACUCCAACUCUUUUGCCAAGUAAAAGAAGUCAAGAUCAGACAAGGAAAGCAUAUGAAAUGUUGUCUGAGUGCUUCAGAUAUGGAAUGAAAAAUUCUAUAUGUAGAUCUAAACUGCUGGUAGAAUACUUUGGAGAGGAGUUUAAUCAAGAGUGCCACGUGUGUGAUGUCUGCACAAAAGGUCCACCUGAAAUGCUGAAUGUAAUGGAUGAUAUAGGAGCUUUUAUGCAGGUUCUUGCUGAACAUUAUGAACAAGGCUGCCUUCUGGAUGGCGUAUAUGAUGAUGGCAUCUCUGACAGCCAUAAACCAGUCAAAUACAAGAGGAAACCGGAUGUCAAGAUAUUCGUUAGUAAAAUUAGGGAACAGUUUCAGAAGUUUACAGCUAGUGAUAACCUCUGGUGGCAAGGUCUUGCUCGAAUUUUAGAAGAUAAAGGAUUUAUCAAGGAGGGAGAUGAGAUGGUCCAUGUUCAGAUAAAAUAUCCAGAGCCAACAAAACUGGGGUUGGAAUGGUUGCAACAAAAUAAGAUGGAGCAGCCCUCCUAUGUUUAUCCUGAAGCAGAUAUGCUGCUAUCAAUGGAAAACCCUAAGCCAUACUCAAGUUUCUCAGAAUGGGGAAAAGGAUGGGCUGAUCCUGAGAUUCGUCGGCAAAGACUAACAAGGAAUAAUAGAGUUGGGAGGAAGAAAAAGAAGAGGAAAUCAAGCAGUCACCGCCCAGAUUCAAAGAUACUGAGGAGGUUAACUUCACUCUCUAAACGAAGAUGAUCAUUAAUCUGCCAAAUAAAUUGAUUUCUUUUUGGCAUAUGGCAUAUUCUUACUGGGUGAAAAGUAGGAAAACAAAAUGCAGACAAUUUUUUCAUGAUGUUUUGAGUAAGUUGCUUAACAGAGUUGGUUUCUUUAGUGGGUUGACAAGAAAAGAAUCUUCUACGUAAGACAGCAAAUAGAGUGGUAAUUAACUUUUAGCCUGUUUGUUCCUUUAUUUUAAAUAUACAAAUCCCUCUUCUACCU